AUGACCAUUGUACUCAAGCAAGAAUUUCGACUAGACCCUCCCCAGUGGGCGCGCGCUCUCGUUUCGUUCCCCGUGCUUUCCUCCCUCCUCUCCCCUCAUCCUGCUCAACUCCCCCUCUUCCCCCGACUCCAGGCGCCGUAUCCGACGAACGCGCCAUGGCAGAACUUCGUGCUGGGGCAGGGCGGCAGCCCCGAGCUCGGCACUCCCUACGUGGUGCAGAGCGCAGAGGGGCGCGUCACGUGGGGGCUGCCGGUGCGCGACCCGCAACCCGGGUACAUCGUGCAGGCAUUCAUCACCACGCUCAUGCUCUCCACGCUGCAGGGCCUCCCACCCCACCAGCUCUCCGCCUACGACGACCUCUCCGCCACCCUCUCCUUCCGCCAGCCCUCCUCCGCGCCCUCCGAUCCCUCCGUGCUCGAGGUCCCCCUGGUGCGCGGGUCGCCCUUCCUGACGUUCAUAUUCCUCCCGGGCGGUCCCCCUGCGACGCCCAUGCUGAUGACGAUCCACGCCAUGACAGGCGUGGAGGCGAGCAGCGACAACAGCAAGUACCGUGUUGCGCUCAACAAUGGCCAGACGUGGCUGCUGUACCUGUCGUCGCCACUGGUGAUGCGGCAGGACGGGUCAGCGCUGGUGGCGGAUGCACCAUUCACGGGGACGAUGCGCGUGGCGCUGCUGCCGGGCUCCUCUGCGCAGGACGAGGAGGCGCUGCUGGACGCACACGUGCCCACGGUGCCGGUGGGGGGGAGUGCGCAGGUGGGCGAGUUCCUCAUCCAGUGCACCUGGCGCACCCAGCACUGGCGCCACCUGCCUGACGGCGACUCCGAGGCGCCGCUGCUCAUGCUCUCGCUGCCAAUGCACAGGCGCAUGGAAGUGAGUGCGCACAGCCCCUCCCCUGCCUCCGCCCUCCGCCGUCACAGCAGCGGCUCACCUUCAGGCUCCAUGGGGGCCAUCCGCGGCCACCACAACCCCGCCUCUGCCACCCCCUCCAACGCACGCAGCAAUGCACUGCGGUCGUCCGUGCAAGAUGCGUCGGUGCCGGAUGCAUCAGUGCUGGCAUACCCCACCAUCGACGGCCAGGCGGUGGGCAUGCAGGGGGUCGUGUGGCGCCUCAACGUGCCCAAUCGCCCGUCCACAUGGGAAGCGGGGCCCCUCUCGUCCGACGCACAGCUGCUGGACGAGCUCAGAGCCAGCCUCAAGCAGGACGUGGCAGCGCUGCCGCCCCUCUCCUCCACCUCCACCUACUCCUUCGGCAAGGCAGCUGCGCGCGCCGCCCGCCUGGCACUCAUUGCGAAACAGGUGCAAGACGAUGACAGCCUGGCCGCCGUGCUGCCGCCCCUGCGGUCCGUGCUCUCUGCGUGGCUGGACGGCACCUUCCCCGGUAACCGCCUGCUGUACGAUCCCACGUGGGGCGGUGUGGUGAGCGAGGCGGGGUCGCUUGACCAGGGGGCGGAAUUUGGAGUGGGGAUGUACAAUGACCACCACUUCCACUACGGCUACUUCAUCUACGCCGCUGCCACCGUUGCCGAGUUUGAUGCCGCGUGGCGCGACCAGUACCGCGCGCUGCUCAAGGACCUGAUGGCGGACUACAUGCCGGCGGAGCACACGGCGGCAUUCCCGAGGCUGUGCUACGUUGACGCGUACGCGCUGCACUCGUGGGCCAGCGGGCUGUUUGAGUUUGGUGACGGGCGCAACCAGGAGAGCUUCAGCGAGGCAGUCAACGCGUACUAUGCGGGGGCGCUGCUGGCGUCCGUGCUGGGCGACCAGCCGCUCGCCUCGCUGGGCGCCACCCUCGCAGCCGUGGAGGCCCUCACCGAGCAGACCCUCAUGCACCGCGACGCGGCGCUGUGGUUCGCCCCGCCGCCGGACAUGGAGAAGCGCGUGGGCAUCCAGGUGCUGCCCGUCUCGCCCUACCUCAAGCACCUCUUUCCCGACCUCGAGUUCGCCAAGCAGCUCGUGGAGUGGGCGCAACCCGUGCUGAGUGGUGCCACCACGGACGAGUGGCGCGGGUUUGCGUGGGCGCUGCAGGCGCUGUACGACCCGCAGGGGGCCAGGGCGAACAUUGCUGCUCUAGGUGCUUUUGAUGAUGGCAACUCUAAGACCAACAUGCUCUGGUGGCUUGCUUCCAACAUGCCAUAG